AUGCAGGAUUUCCUCUGGGAGAACCAGAGCUCUGUGUCUGAGUUCAUCCUUCUGGGCUUCUCCAAGGAUUCCCAAAUUAAUGCAAUCCUCUUCAACAUCUUCCUCUUCCUCUACCUCUCUACCCUUGUGGGCAAUGGGCUCAUUGUCACCGUAAUCCACCUGGACUCCCGCCUCCACACACCCAUGUACUUUUUCCUCAGUGUCCUCUCUCUGCUGGAUGUGAGCUAUGUCACCACCACUGUGCCCCAGAUGCUGGUGCAUCUGGUCUGUCAGAAGAAAACUAUCUCUUAUAUUGGGUGUGUGGCCCAGAUGUACAUCUUUCUGGUGCUGGGCAUCACUGAGGGCUGGCUGUUCUCUGUCAUGGCCUAUGAUAGAUAUGUGGCCAUCUGCUACCCACUCAGGUACAAGGUUAUCAUGAGCCCAUGGCUGUGUGGGGCAAUGGUGGUCUUUUGUGGACUUUGGGGUGUCAGCUGCUCCCUAGUUUACACUGUCUUCACUAUGCGCCUGCCCUACUGUGGCCCCAAUGAGAUCAACCACUUCUUCUGUGAGGUUCCUGCUGUUCUGAAGCUGGCCUGUGCAGAUACAUCCCUCAAUGACCAAGUAGAUUUCAUCCUAGGUUUCAUCCUUCUUCUGGUACCCCUUUCCUUCAUUCUGGCCUCUUAUAUCCGCAUCUUUGCCACCAUAUUGAGAAUUCGCUCAGCCCAAGGUCGGCUCAAGGCCUUCUCCACCUGUGCCUCCCACAUCACUGUGGUCACCAUGUUCUGUGGACCUGCCAUGUUUAUGUACAUGAACCCUGGGGCCAAUGCCUCCCCAGAGCGGGACAAGAAACUGGCCCUGUUCUACAACGUCAUCUCUGCCUUUCUCAACCCCAUCAUCUACAGCCUCAGAAACAAAGAUGUAAAGAGGGCUUUCCUCAAGCUAACAGGCAGGGGCAGGACCACUGAAUGA